UCGUCGCACGGAACUGGAAUUCGGCUACAAACAUGCGCGCGCCGCCUGCUUGACCUACACAGUAUGCAGAUUAAACUCUGUUCGUGUUUCACUCACUGUUUUUCUAUCAUUCCUAAUGUGGAGAUUUCAGUCGAUUUGCACAUCAUUUCAGAUUAACAUUUAAAAAACUGUCCGCUGAGGUCGUUGAAAUGGACCUGAACUUGGAAUACUGGCAAAACAACGGAAAGUCGUUCCUCAGCAGGCUUCGCAUUUGGUUCAAUCUCCUUGACCCCAGUUCCUUGCUGGCCUCUGAUGCUGAAAUAGAAAAGGCCCGUUGUCUGCUCAGGAGUGAAGAGAAGCAGCAGAAGAAUGAAAAGAUUCAUAAUGCUUGGACACUCUCUGUGUCAUCUGUCCAUGCUGACAGUGGAGCAGUGAUUUCCCCAGUGUUUCGUCCUCAAGCUUUUCUGCCCAUAUCAGUUCCUUUGGUUGUAGCAAGUUUUUUGCCUCAUAAAGGAGUCAGACCUGCCCUGUUCUGGCAUUUUAUUCUUCAGAGUUACUGUGCAGGGUUCAACCAUGCCAGCAGAAAUACGACAGCCACACAGGGAAAUAAAACAUCAGCAAAGCAGCCCCUGCUUAUUGUCGGAGCAGUUUCAUAUUCAACAGUUGUAGGGGCCCUUCCUCAAAUUGUAAUCCAACGCAUGAGAGUCAGCAGUACUGUAGCUCAGGCCUUCUGUAGGUCAGUGCUGCCUAUUCCUCUUUCAGCUAUUCUGGCUGCCUUCAGUGUUAUGGUGGUGAGAAGUGAGGAAUCAGAGAAUGGAAUACAGAUCUUUGAUUCUAAUGGAAAUUCAGUUGGUGUCUCAAAGAAGGCUGGAUCUAAGGCUGUCAAAGAGACUGCCAUAUCUCGAGCAACCCUUUUUGGUACCACUGCAACUGUGCCCACUUUACUGCUCUACUUUCUUAGGAGGGCAAAAUUUGUCCAAAGGAACCUGAUGAUAGCUGCUCCUGUUAGACACAUUAGUACUGCCAUUGUCCUUGGCUUGAUGAUUCCUGUGUCCUUCAGUUUGUUUCCACAACUUGGCAAGAUUGAAAAGCAGCAAGUAGAAAAGGAGUUGCAGGCCUUAACUGAUGACCAGCAACUGUUUUACCACAGAGGACUUUAACUGUCAUGUCUGAAGCAACACUUGUAGGGUAUAAUUUAGUGAUGUGUUUACAUCUGCUUUGGAAUUAACACCUGAAUGUAGACACACUGUGUUUCCUAUUAUGCUUGUGAGUAUAAUUUCAACUUCUACCAAAAGGUUUCGGACUGAGUUUUCAAGACUGGAGAAUGUGCAGUUUAAGUUAUUAUUCCAAUAAAUCAUCACGUUAAACAAAGAGACUUGAAAGUUUUGAUUUAAUAGUUUUUUUAAGCUAAACAGAACAGAGCAUUGUUAACAAAAAUAAUGUUACUAUUGCUGUUAUGUGCACAUUCAUAUUGCCAUCACUUCAGUGUUAAUUCAACUCAGUUCAUUUUGAAGUCUUUACACUAGAACUCCGUUUUCAAAUAUUUAGUGAUCUGUUGUAUAUAUUCUUAGCAAGGGAAAUAACAUGGC